AACACCACUACGUUGUUCCAUACCAUCAUAUAGCAUUGUGAGAGGUUUGAGUGCUGAACACAGCUAAAAUUAGCCUAUUGAUGUAAGCUAGCGUUCCACUAAACCCUCACACACCCCCACCCCAGAACAAGUCAAGAGCAGAGUGGGAGACAAAGACAAAUCAGGCCGGAUCAAACUUCCUUUUAGAAGAUACAGGUAGAAUAAAAAAAACACAGAGCUCCAACAGCACUGCUUGGGAUUUUCAUCUAAGCCACCAUGUCACAAUUCAGCACUCUUUCACCACGUGAGAGGAAAAUGCAGGCUGCCGCCCUUUGCCAUGAGGUUCAUGGCGAUUUCAACGGUGUUACUAUGGAUCUGGGAAAGAAACUUUCCACUCCUAAAGACAUUAUGCUGGAGGAACUGUCUCUCCUGUCAAACAGAGGAUCACGCCUUUUUAAGAUGCGACAACGGAGAUCAGAGAAAUACACGUUUGAAAGUAUUCAGAAUGAAGCCAAUACUAUUUUUAAUAAUGAAAAUCAGGCCAAUGCUGAAAAUAAAGCCGUCGAUUCAAAAACACCACCAAACACACCAGAUGCCAGAAACCCAGCAAAUCCUCAGGACAUUGCACCUGGAUAUGGAGGGCCCUUGACAAACAUUCCUCCAGAGAGGUUCAAUGCCACAGCCAUGCCUAAAUCCUACCACUCCCCUUGGGAAGAGGCUAUCAUCAAUGACCCCACACUGGCCGACACACUCAAUCCUCACAUGCCUGUGCCUGAGCCUAAAGCAGAGUCCCCUGACUACAAAAGCUUUAACAGGGUGGCUACACCAUUUGGUGGUUUUGAUAAAGCCCCACGAGGGAUCACUUUUAAACUCCCAGUGGUGGACUUAAAUGUCCCGAAAUAUCCAGAGCUCCAAGAUCCUACGGCCAAGCGGCCCACAUUCAACAGGACCGCCCAAGGGUGGAUCUCUGAAGGCCUGCCUCUUAUUUUACCCACUGUCUCUCUAGAGCCUUUUGAGAUCCCAGAGUCUGAAGACCUGUAACACAGAUUGAACCCCUUACUGUCCCUCAAACCAAACUGCCUGAUUGCAGCAUAGGUUGUUGGUAGAUGUUAUCAAUAGCCCCAUAGCUUAUGAUUUUUUUCCUGUGUUGAGAUACAUUUGAUAUUGCUAAUCUUGGAAGAGCAUUUUCCACAUAUAAUUCAAGAGUGGAUGUCUCAGUGGAUCAGAACUAAAGGAUUACAUAUGUAAUACACAAAACAUCAGUGUACGAGGAAGCAUUAUCAGAUUUCAUUUGGGUUGGGACAUUACCUGGCACAUAGCAUUGUAAAUGUGAUGAUAGCAUAGUUUCAUCUGAAAGAAAUCACUGCAUACUGUACCAUAGAAUAAUAUCAUAGAAACUUGAUUUGCACCAAAGAAAAGAAAUCUAUACUAAAUGUAUUUUUGUCUUAGACAAAUAUUUCUGAGCCCUCUAUUUAAAACAAUUAGCAUAUAUAAAAAUAUAAUAUGUUAAAUGUGGUGAUUGUUGAGUUAAUUUGCUGAUAGGUUGUUUUGGUACAAACAGCGAUUUUUUUGCAUGGUCAUACUGUGAAAUAUAAUCACUUCAGAAAAACAAAAUUACCCCUAAGGUUAUCUGCACACUGGGUGCAGCACCAAAUCAUAUUGAGAUUACAUUUUUUUACUUUGUAGUAAAACAUUUUGCACUCAUAAUGUAGUUAUGGCUUAUUCACAGAACCGCACAAAUAUUUAAAGUAUAAAAGUAAAAUGCAGCACAUUUAAGUAAAAAAUCUAUAAUGAUAUUUAUCAGGGAUUGAGCAGUGAACAUUGAAAGCAGCCUUGUAAAUAUAAUUAGCCUGAAAAAUUAUUAUAUAUUUCUGUUUUUCUUUUUCUUUGUGAAAUGUAUUUCUGUUUCGGCUUAUGUUUAAAAUUAUAUUCAUAUUGUUAGAAACUUUGCUUGUAAGUGGUGUACAUGAA